UGUUCGCUUAGCAACCACCAUGGCAGGACCGUUCUUGUCACCCCUGCCGGGGGAUUUGCUCUCCGAGUACAUGUUCGGCCGCAGAAGACAGCAAAGACGCAACAGGACGACUUUCACCCCUCAGCAGCUGCAGGAGCUGGAGGCGCUUUUCCAAAAGACGCACUACCCCGACGUGUUCCUGCGCGAGGAGGUCGCCCUCAGGAUCAACCUGUCCGAGGCGAGAGUGCAGGUGUGGUUCCAGAACCGGCGGGCCAAGUGGCGGAAACAGGCGCGUCUGCAACUCCUGCAGGACGCCUGGCGCAUGAGGUGCCUCGGCUUGGGCGCACCACCCCUUCUGCUCGGACAACCACCUCAGGCAGAAAACGAGCCGACAAACCUCAGCAACAAAAUCAUCGAUAGCUACCGCGUUCCCCAGAACUUUUGCUUUUUUCGCAGGCCAAUUUGUGGCUACCCAAGUCAGCCGUCAGCCGCGAGACUUUCUCCGACCCAGACCACGUCUAGUGACGAGGAGGACUCAGUGGCCGAGAGACUCAAAGUCAGUCCAGCACCGCAGCCGACCACGGUGGUCACAACUUAACGCAGCCGGCUCAUCGUUAACCGUGAUCUUAAAACAAUGACUUAUGAUGUUCUUUAACACUGCUGUUUAAACUUGCUUAUACUUAUAAAUAGCUGUUCCGUAUAGAGAGGUGAACAGAAAAUAGUUGAUUUUAGUAAUAGUACUGAAUUGAGUUGUUAAAUCAUCUAACAAUGUCAUAUAUGCAAUAAAAUGCAAAAG